AUGGUUCCUUCUUCUGUCAAGAAAGUGUUUGACACUUUCCCAUUGAAAGUUCACCCAGCGGUAGACAACUCCACCGCCAAAUCCCUCAAAGAACUUGAAGCCAGGAAAUACCCUUUCGGAGGUUCUCAAACUGACUCAAAUUUCAAUUUAGGCGUGUUCAAUGUAUUUGAACAUGAUGGUAACUAUUUACCAACAGAUCCUAUAUCCUUAGCUCAAGCUACCAUACUAUGUCACAAGAAUAACUUAUCAUUACCUGAAGUCACCAGUACCUCCACAUCCAAGAAUUGCUUGAUAACUUUGUCCUACAGUGCAUCUCCAGAUAAUCGGUUACCCAUACUAAUUGAAGAGCCAUCACGUACUAUCAGAUUGUGUGAAGAGAUUUUAUCCACCACCAAUGAUAAGCUUAAUGUCACAGAUAAGAUCCUUAAUGAAUAUAUUGAUGACAUCAUCCUUGAUUCUUGGUUGAUGUGUGUUUUCCUUGAAAACGUAGAUAUCGUUAGAAUCUUCAAUAUUCCCUAUAUAACCAAGAUCGAUUUAUUCAAACAUUUAGGUACCUGGAAAGGUUUUGCCACCAGGUACGCCUUGAAUGAAGAUAUUUACCACCGUAAACUUCAGGAAUUGAAGACGGUGUUUGAGUUAUACCACACUGCUGAUGCCAUAGCUAAGAUAAAGAUCGAUAGUUAUAAGCUUCAUAUAAAUAGUUUGUUAGAAGGUACAAAGUUACAUGCAUUAUUAAGUCUAUAA